GACCAAACGAACGGCGCGCGCCCGGCUCGCCAGUCAUCGAGCGGCGGUCUUGGGAGAUGCUAUUGGAGAGAAACAAAAAAAUACAAACGCUACCGUUCAUCUGACAUGCGCGUACUUAUUUCUAAUACUGACUAAAAACAAACGAACCAAUUGGAUUUCAGUGAUCGAACAAAGUGACAGUGCAGUGUUGACAUUAGAUCGACUGCAAAUUCGCUUAUUCCGCGUAUGAUUUAACCGUUUGGUGCAGUGUUUAUGUUGGGUACGCGCCGCCCGUUUCGUCCGGCGUGCUGGAGGGACGUCGCCCUCGAGGAUUCCUAUUAGAGAUGAGGCGGCGAGGAGUAUUACGCGCGGCAGCGAGGUGAGGCAGCCGGAACGGCAUGGACCAUGCGGUGAAGGCGAUGUCGGCGCGUGGGCCGCUCUCCCGGCUGCUGGCGCGGCGGCGGUUUGAGUCAGCCGAGCUGGAGGAGUUGUAUGCGCGAUAUGCGUGUAAGCUACAGCGCACCUCCGUCGGCUCGGCGCUGGCUCUAUGGGCACUGCUCGCCGCCGCACUCGCCGCUGUCGAUGCCACUCGUGGUUGGCGGAGGGCACCACAGGUCGGCGUACUGACUGCGCACGCACUGCUAUGUAGCGGGUUAGCGUGGUGGUGUGGUCGUGCCGGAGUGGCCCCAGAGAGGCGGUUACCACGAGCUUGCUGGUUGGCACUGGCCGGCGGUGGAGUCACCUUGGCCGCAACUCUCCCAGCAUGGAACACUGGUGCAGCAGCGGAGGGUGCCGCACACGUCGUAUGGGCUGUGUUCGCUGCUUACGCCCUGCUGCCGGUUGGAGCGCCAGUCGCCGCGGCUUUUGGCAUCCUCCUACCCACAGCGCAUACGAUCGCGUCAGCACUUGUCGCAAACCGCUUCCCUUAUCAUGUUUGGCAGCAGAUGGUGGGUAACGUGGUUGUGUUCGUGUGUGUGAACGUAGUUGGUGCUCUGAUGCACUCGCUGAUGGAGACUGCACAGCGGCGCGCCUUCCUCGACACCAGGAACUGUAUCGCUGCCAGACUCGACAUGGAAGACGAGAAUGAGAAACUAGAACGAUUGCUGUUGUCGGUGCUCCCUCAACACGUGGCCAUGGAAAUGAAAAACGACAUCAUCUCGCCGGUCGAGGGCCAGUUCCAUAAGAUCUACAUCCAGAAGCACGAACAAGUCAGUAUCCUGUUCGCCGAUAUAGUGGGCUUUACCGUGCUCGCGUCGCAGUGCAGCGCCCAGGAGUUGGUGCGGCUACUCAACGAACUAUUUGGACGAUUCGAUCAACUCGCCAAUGAUAACCACUGUCUCCGAAUCAAGAUUCUUGGCGACUGCUACUACUGCGUGUCCGGACUGCCUGAACCUCGAUCAGACCAUGGAAGGUGUACUGUUGAGAUGGGGCUCGACAUGAUCGAUGCUAUCGCAUCUGUGGUGGAAGCAACAGACGUCCAACUGAACAUGCGCGUCGGCAUCCAUACCGGACGAGUGCUGUGUGGAGUGCUGGGCCUGCGCAAGUGGCAGUACGAUGUCUGGUCCAAUGACGUCACUCUUGCUAACAACAUGGAGGCUGGAGGUGAACCAGGACGAGUGCACAUAACACAGGCGACGCUCGAGUGCCUCGGCGGGGCUUACGAGGUGGAGCCGGGUCACGGCGGCAGUCGCAACGCGUACCUUCGGGACCACUCCGUGCAGACUUACUUCAUCAUUCCGCCGCCAAGACGGAGAAAAAUGUGUCUAUCGGCUGGUGUGGGCCUCGGCUCGGCUUCGCGCCGGAAACUUUCCUUCAAGAACGUUUCCAACGUGGUGGUGCAGUUACUCCACUCCAUCAAGUUCAACGUGGACGUGCCGUUCUCAAACAUGGCCGCUUCCCCUCAGGAGCUCAAGGCCAAUGCGGCUAGGAAGGUGCUGGACCUGCGGCGCGCGCUGCACGCGGAGCCGGGCUCCGCGGAGGCGCUGCGGCUGGCCGCGCUGCGCCCCGAAGACGUGAGAGACGCCAUGCGCCCCGCCUCCGCCCCGCACCAGCACACGUUCGACGCCGUCAUGCAGCACCACGCCCUCCGCACGCACGCCGUCGACGACACCCCCGCACAUAAUAAAGUGACGGAGAAGUUUAAGCGUCCGUUGAAAAAGCGCCACUCGUCUGUGUACCAUCAGCCCACGAACCGCGUGAACAAGUACUUGGCGCAGGCCAUCGACGCGCGCUCCGUGCACCGCGAGAAGGCCACGCACGUACACCUGCUCACGCUCUGCUUCAAGGAUGCCGACAAGGAAGCUCAGUACCGAGCAUCAACAGACGGCGGUUGGGCGGGAUCCCUAUCCGCUGCGCUAUGUGCCUUAGUAGCGGCGGGAGCCUUGCAAGCCUCCAUCCUACCACAAACCUAUAUCCUUCUCAUAUUGUUCGUGACGGCCUUCGCCUGGUCUGCAGCAGUACUGGCCCUGACCCUGGCUGCGAGACUGAGGCUCAUACCGUGCGAUGUGUCUCGACCAUUCACUCUGAGAAAUGCUAUUACUACGUUCACUAUUGUGCUUGGUUACGCUGUUGGACAAGUUAAUGUGGUAACAUGCGAACACAUAGAACUAUGUAGAAAUCUAACAGGCAACACGACAAGUAUGGCCGAAGUGCUUACAAUGCGGGGUGCUCUUGCCGCACAGCUCUGGUCGAGUCGGACGGAACAUCUUGCUUGUCCAGUCCCACUAUACAUCACAUUGGGUUGCUGCCUCAGUAUGCUGAUGGUAGCAGUGUUCUUAAGGCUCCCGAUCCUGGUGAAAGGGAUCCUGUUGGCUGUGAUGACUGCCGGUUAUAUGGGUGUUAUACUCGGCUUCCAUAAGGCACUGUUCGACUGCUACGAUUUGAUGAUUGAUUCAGGCUUGGUGGGUUCCGCUUACGUAGCCAGUGCGUGGACGGUGGCGUUAGCUCUGGCGGUGUUACUGCACGCGAGGCAGACUGAAUGGACGGCCAGGUUGGACUUCCUAUGGCAGGCACAAGCUCGGGACGAAAAGAGGGAUAUGGAUGCUUUGCAGGCAUCGAACCGGAGAAUUCUCUUCAACCUGCUCCCUGCGCACGUGGCAACACAUUUCUUGGACAACCAGUUUAGAACGAACAUGGACUUGUACCACCAGUCGUACCAGCGCGUGGGCGUGGUGUUCGCGUCCAUCACCAACUACCACGAGUUCUACAUGGAGCUCGACGGGAACAACCAGGGCAUGGAGUGUCUGCGGCUGCUCAACGAAAUUAUUGCUGAUUUUGAUGAGCUUCUGGGUGAAGAUCGUUUCGGUGCAAUAGACAAGAUCAAGACUGUUGGAUCAACGUACAUGGCGGCAGUAGGUUUGAUUCCCGAUAGGAAGAUGACGGACGAGCCGAGUACACGCAAGCAUAUGGCCACGCUCGUCGAGUUUGUGUUCGCGAUGAGAGACAAACUAAAGGACAUUAACGACAACUCAUACAAUAACUUCAUGUUGCGAGUCGGUAUAAACGUUGGUCCCGUAGUAGCUGGUGUAAUAGGAGCGCGGAAACCACAGUACGAUAUCUGGGGUAACACAGUCAAUGUCGCAUCUCGUAUGGACUCCACUGGUCUACCCAAUCACACGCAAGUCACUGAGGAGGUGUACCAAGUACUGAAGGACAUGCCUUACCAGUUUGUGUGCAGAGGCAAGGUCAAAGUAAAGGGCAAGGGGGAAAUGACUACCUACUUCCUUACUGACAGAGCUCCAGCUAACGGGACCAUACAGAGUACGUCUAAUGGUCCCACAAACAACCCUCCCACCGCAUACGGUGGUGUUGCUACCCCUCUUGCCAUGCUACAAAACUCCGCGAGGAGAGCAGCCGCACAACCUUCAAGAUUGCCACCUCUGAGAGAAUCGUCAGUAGCUGGAGAGAAUGAACCGCUCCUACCUUCUAAUGGACAUCAGAGUAAUGGCAAUAAUAAAGGUAGCAAGGGUCGCAGGAACAAGGAGAACGGGGACAGUCCUCCACCUCCUCCACCGCAUGGCACGGGCCACGUGGGUGGGCACGGCAGCGUGGGCCCGCGCUGGCCGCCGCCGCGCGCGCUGGUGGCGCCGUGGCCGCGGCCGGCGGAGCGGCGCGGCCCGGCCCGCCUGCCGCGCCCGCGCUCCAGCGAGAGCCUGCCACUGGCACGCAGCCCGCGCGUGCACUCCUCCGCCGACGAGCUCAGCUCCCUCACUCGCUCGCCCAGCCUCAGCUCCUCCGACGAGAGCUACUCCCGCACCACCGAUGCCUCGCCCUCACCCCCGCGACCCUCUCAAUGGAUCCCACCAACGAGACCCCAGCGAGCUAACCCGAGCCCGGCUUACGACUACCCACCCGUACGCCCCAGCAAACCCACCGUUAACCACAUCAACGAUAUAUACGCCAAACACAAAAUAGCCAGGAAACCGUCUCUGGAAGAUAAGUUCCUCGACGGAAGUGUAGACUUCCAAAAAGAAGAAGAAAAGUUGCAGAGAAGUAUCAUUAAUAUGAUCCAAGCUUCUGCAAAGCGCGAUGGCUGCUGUCAAACUGACAAGAAAGAUGUGGUCACUCGACUGGGGCAACGAGCAGAUUCAUUUUCAAGUUCAGGUAGCCGACCGACGAACUUGAAACAUCUGAAUCACGAUGGACGAGAACCCUUUGCGAAGCGAAGUCCGUCAGACGUGGCGUGCGUACCGCCUUUCGAACGGGAGAUCCAACGACUGCUCGAUGAUAAAAAUCUUAUCAAAAUUAACCCGCCCAAGUCAGAACGGAAAGAACUGAAAUUGGAAUUAAGGGGAGCAAACCCGUCUCUGGAGCCGAUGCGCAACUGCAACAAUAACAACAACAGUAGCCCUCUACACGCGGUGGGCCUGGCCGCCAUCACACAGGUCGUGCGCAACGAGGCCAGUAGUCCUGCUAGGCCACAGGAGUUCCCCGGGGUACUACCCACCGACGUCGUCGUAGAACUGCCGUCACCUAACCACGAGCGACAUAGACCUAGCCCACCAUGCGAAAGGAAACCUGAUCCCAUUACUAUUCGGGAAAAGGAGAGAGAAAAAGAAGUCCAGGAGAGACUGCACCACCGAGUGGCCGCUUCUCAUCAUAGAGAAAUGGGUAUAUACGGGGAGAGUCAAUCCGAAUGGAGCUCGUCUUGCUCGGAAGGUGAGGGCGACGGGGAGGGCGGGCAGCCAGAGAGUACUGGCUACACGACGGACGACCCCGCGCUGGAGAACGUGUCCAUGCUGAACGAGGCCGGCCUCACGGACGCAGAGGCGGCAUUGAGUGAUGUUAAUUCAUGCUACUUUGACCGCGACGACGACGUGUCGUCCCGCGCUUCGUCCCGCCUGCUGGACUCGGAGGCGCUAGUGUCGCUGGAGUCGCUGAGUGCUAUCUACGACUCGGACGAGCCGGCACACCGGUACCUCGCCAACAUUCGUACCGUCAGCGAGUCUAUCACGAGAAAUUUUGGACAGCCCGCGCACGUCACCGACGGCGAGAGUGACGUGUAGUGAUACUGUGAUAUAUCGCGAGUUGUGAUAACGUCCGAUUUUGUUUAAUCGACUAUUUCGUGUACAUUUCGACUGUUUCUCUUGUGUACUGCCUUUUGGUCAAUUGUGAUAACGAAAAUCUCAAAUUAUUGAACUGUCAUGACAGAGACUUCGACGUAUUUGAUUUGGGACAAUUAACGGAGGAACAGUUUGGCUCUCUAUUGCAAAGAAAUAAAUACUCAAAACGAUUUGUUCCCCGCUGUUUGUUUCCGUAAGCGCGUUGCUCCGGCUCGUGUAGACGGAGCGUAUAGAUUUCGCGUGUGCGGACAUAAUUGUUUUAUCAUAAUUGCUGACGUGCCUGUACUUUGAUGAUUUUGUACUAUGUAAAUUGUGUCAAUAUGUACCUAUUAAUGUUACACUGUAUGAUAUUCAUGUACAGCUGAAUGUGCCAUGUGAUGGCGUGAUGCAUCAUCUAUAGGAGAAUGCGAUGAUCUCUACAAUUAUAAGGUGCUCUGACUUAGAAUUAUUUAUGGUUUGUCUUGUGAUAACGGUAUAGGAAUUCGAAUUUGAGCGACCAAUCUCUGUUAAUGUCAGUGUUCUAGAGUAAGGGCUGGUCCCUGUCCUGUGGAGACUUAGUGAAGUGGUGUCAACUAUACGUAAGAUUAAUGCAUUUCAAACUAUCUAUAGAGUAAACAUUGUUACCACAGCUGGAUGAUUAUGCUUCGUAGUCUUCAUUUAUCUGCCUUAUGUAUCUCAUAUUGUAUUAAAGUCUAUGUAAACCAGUACAUGAAACAAACUUCUAUUUUCACAACCAUUGUUAGAGGAAAACUGAACCUUUUUGGCAUUUUCUUUCCGUAAUCUAGUCACGUAUGGUUUUCUAAUGUUUGGUCGUUUCUUCAUUACAAUAUAGUGCCAUUAUCAGUCCCUGUUUCUUAUGUACUUCAUUAACUUGUGCUCGAUAACUUGGAGGAGAUAAAUAUCAUGUAGUUCUUAAGAAAUCAGCCGUGACACUUAAAAGUACAACCAAUACAUAAACACCACUAGCGAAUAUUUGUUGUAGAAUAUUCUCUGUAUUAAUAAAUAUCAAUUAUUUUGUAUUAUUUAUAUGUAAUAUAAGUUUGUGUCAAUUUGAUGUAAUUAUAUUGUUUUAGAAUAAACUCUGAUAGUUAUUUGAUCAUAUAUUUCACGUUUGAGGUACAUAGAAUCUGAUCGUAAGUACAUAUGGUGGUACAUUAUGCGUCGUGAUUGCUGCAUUAUAUAAUUUGGUAUGUACUUAAUUUGGAAACCGAUCCACAGAGUUAUGUUAUAAACGUUUUUGGGGCAAUAUGAUUUUUGUAUAAAUAGUUGAGGUAUGUACUUACAGUUUAAUAAAAUUUGUUUCCGAUUAGAUUAGCUCGUGCUUGUAGUAUUAUUAUUAACAUCACAAUUUUUGAAAUAUAAUUUUGGUCUGCUUUAACUGGUUGAGAGAUGUUAAUGUCUGAGAAUUGUACAUAGGACGAGCACGGUAUAGUGCGUCAGUGAGAUCUAGAGAUUGUUAAUCUUUGUAAAUAUUGUUAAAUGACCUGUCAAGUGCUAUUCUACAUACCUAUACCUAAGUAUACCACGCUGUGAAAAUAUAUUAUUUUUUGAAGGAAUUCUCUUAUUUGCUAUUUUUAUUCUCAGUAUUUGAAUUUAAUGUUUUCUCAUGUUGAUGUAUGUACACAUAGUGCCAAACUAUUUUAUGUGUAUGCUUAUACAGUAUGAAUUAUUUGUUCGACACUUGUAUAAUGUUGUUUUUUUAUAUAAAACGUUUCUAUUUCUCGAUAUGAAUGCAGACAAAAUUUGACAAAAUAGAUCUGACUUAUAGUAAUAUCUUGGUAGGCGAGUAGUUGAAGAAUAUUUUGAAUGUUUUUUGAAUAAUUAUAUUCAUUGAUGAAUUACUGCAUUUUUUAUUAUGUGCAGUAAUUCAGUGUAUCGAACAGUCACAUUAUAAUUGAUAAAAAUUUAGUAUAUGAAUACAAAAAUGUUUUGGAAUUAGCUGAGAUAUUCACAUUAAUGCUAUCUACAAAGAAAACUGUGUAUCUAGCACGAUGACUUUAUGAGCACAAAGUAAAUCCUCUCUGUUUAUAAAGCUUUAAUGUGAAUACCAGUUUGGAGACCUGCCUGCAUAUUAUUCUCAUAGAAAUUAUAUUGUCAGUAUCAUUUGUGUAGGGUACUUGAAUUGCGCCUUAUGUAGCAAGUGUAUUGUGUAUUUUAUUUAUUUAAAUUCAAUUACCUAAGCAAUAUUAAUUACUUAUUACAAAUUAAAAGUGGU